AUGAUCAAAACGUGUGCGCUAGAUUGGCCUUACGACGAAGUUCGUUCGAAAUGUGAAAACAACUCCAGCGAGAUUGGUAAGUUAGAUAAUUAAAUUAAACUAAACUAACUAUAUCUAUACUGGAUAGCUCUAAAUUGUUCUACCUAGGGAUCCAGUUGGAGCCAUCGCUUAUUGCCCCCAGCUUAGUACAGGAGAAACAAUAAGAAUAAUGAUAAUAAAAACUUUAUUCUGAGAAGGUUAAUUACGUUAAUUACAGUAGUGAGGAUUAUAGUAUUCUACCUAAUGGGCCUCUAAUCAGUUAAGUUCCUUCUACCUUUCAUUAAGCUCUGAAAGAAGACCCAACAUUGAUCGUGGACGAAUUCAACAACAUCUUCAGAAACCGUUACUGCGCAAGGUGCAACAACGUCCAAAAAUUUACAUGUUUGAUGCUUCAGAUGAAAAACGGCAGUUCCCAAAACAUUUCCAACAGCCGGCAGCCUCGUUCCUCCAUGAAAGACUUGAACAAAGAUCGCUCCUUGGCUGACGAGUGUCCACGUAUCAAUCUGAACCAUUCAUCCGAGGUUGGGUUAAGAUAUUGUUAUAAAAUCCAGAGUUCCUGCAAAGAUACGGCGGAUAAUUCAACAACAGCUCGUAGCUGUCGUGGUGGUAAAACAGCCUUGGUUAGCUUUAAGAACGAGACGUAUAAGAAUUUCUACUGUUUGAAGUGCAACCAUCGAUAUUCGUUUGGUUUCAUUCCUGCGCAGGUGUCUUGCGGCCCGCAUAACCCUCCGGAUACAAGGUUCAAUUUUGCAACAAUGUUUCGACUUCCUGUAUCGCUGCACACGGAUACAGCUCGCUGUUCUCAAGGACUUUUCUACGAUAACACCGCUCGAGUCUGCAGAAAAUUACUAACCAUUUCUGAACUAAAUUUAAACGAUUCUUCUUUUCUAACGAGCUAUGCAAUUCGGCUUCAUUAUACAAGAAAUCAGAAGUUGAAAUGUUUUCGUUAUAAUGUUUAUAACAAGAAUCCUACAAAGGUCAACAAAAGUGUUAUACUAGGGAAGCUUUUAAGUGAAUUUAACGAGGCAUUUCUGCGGAGAAUUGAGUUGAAUUUGCGGAACACAAAUUGGACACUUUCGAAUAUUGCUAUCUAUGUAGAUGACACGAACUAUACUACUGUGACGUUCCAGAUUUUGGCAAUCAAAAGUGAGAUAAAUGAAACCGAACUGUUUUCUCCUGUAAAAGAUUUACAAUUGGGUCAGAUAAAUUUCUUUUAUGAUCGCUAUAAUGCGUCCAGUUUGUGUAAUUAUUCGUUGAGCAUCGAAACGUCACGAAAAAUGAAAUGCCUAGAUACAAACCAAUCAAAUGUGGCGAUUACAAUGGACAAAGUAUCGAUUUUCGACAAUGGAACUUUGUACCAUCAAGCUUCUGGAGAAAAGUUCAAUCAAGGAGAAUAUAUGCUCUUCAAACGGCACAACCAAACAAGGCUUGCAACAUGCGCGAAAUCUGUGCCUACAAACUGCAAGUAUAUUUUGAAGAGUGAUUCAAACUGGAAAUUGUUCUCAAACCGAUCGAUUUACAGCAAUGUUACAAAUACGUGGUUCGAAUUUGGAGAAUAUUCUAUAAUGGACGGUGUUGUAUGGCUGUGUUUGACCGAUGAAUUUUCUUCAAAGAGUGGGGGAAAAGAGCAAUCAAAAACAGUCCACGAAACAAUUUUGAGAUAUAGCUCCUUAUUUUGCCUGUCAAUCUCAAUACUGAGUCUAAUUGUCUUACUUUUCAUCUACGCUAUUACUCCUGCCUUGCGAAAUCUUCCCGGGAAAAAUCUGAUGUUGCUCUGUUGUGUUUUAGCGCUAGCUCAAUUCCUAUGGCUUCUGCAAGAACGAGCAUCUGAGUCCCAUAAAGUAUGCGUUAUUUUAUCCGCUUUACUACAUUUUAUGUUCCUGGCCACGUUUUCAUGUGCAACUUCGAUUGCAUCACUUUCUUUCUUUACUUUUCGUGCAAUUGCAAACGGGAAGCUGGGAAGAUCUAACGAAAGGAAGACGUUCUUGCGAUGCGCUUUAUUUUCUCUUGGUUUUCCCUGUGUAUGGGUAACUCUAUUCUUCCUUCUUGAUUAUUACGGAGUAGUUUCGCUGGACUAUGGCAGUGUAAAGGAUCACUGUUGGCUGGGCAAUAUUGAUGCUCUCUAUGUAUCUUUUUUCGCACCUGUGUUUACGCUUCUUUGCAUAAAUCUUGCGUUGUUGUUAGCAACAGUAAACAUGAUUCGAAAAUGCUCAAAAUCCAGUCAAAAGCUUGCGGAGAGUGGAUCUGCAAAGUCUGUAACUAAGAGCCAUGUUUGGAUAUAUAUUCGUAUGGCAAGUUUGAUGGGUUUUACGUGGUUGCUUGGUGUGUUUCAACUUGUGUUUCCAAGGGUGCUUGUUUUUGAGUAUCUGUUCGUGUUUGUCAAUGGCUUUCAGGGCUUCUAUAUCGCCCUUGCGUUUCUUUGCACUGAUAAUGUUAAGAAAAUUUUGUCCAAACGAACUGGCAGUGAUUCUGGGAAAACUAGGAGUACUUCCAAAUAG